ACCUGCAGCCUCAGGAAACUGCACUCUGCUGCUCAACCAAAAAGAAGAGUUUGAAAGCUGAUCUCUUAGGAUUGCUGCUAAACUCAACCAGGAAACUAAUUUUGCUCAGCCACAAUUGGAUUGACAGCUUUACAUUCUCCAACUCUUUAGAUACUGGAUACUGGAGAUUGGAUACUGAGAUUUGACUUGAUUUUUGAGGGAUUUUGUCAUACAUCUGGGCUUACUUUAACAGCACCAUUAUUGGGAACUCCCCCUGAAGUUUUUCUGACUUAUGCUUUGUUGUUGGAAUGACCAAAGGCAGCAUUCCAGGAGAGAAAUUGUAGGAGUUCUUGCCUUUUCUUGCGUUUUGCUCCCUUGCUGUUUCUCUUGGAGCUGCGUGCUUCACUCCAAAGACCAGUCACUGAGCUGUUAACUACCAGCAGUAACAGUGGGGUCUGUCAGGUGCCUGCGAGCUCACGGAGGGUGUGGAGCUGGAUGUAUGAGACAGCUUCAUGGGCGUGAAAAACCAUCUGGAGGAUGGGACAGGCCACAUCCUCAGCCUGGGGCUGGAUCUAGACUACCUCCAUGUGGAAGGUGCUAAGCGACAGGUCAGCCUGAGCACUGUGAGGGAUCCUGGGAAUAUAGGGGUCUUAAACGUCAAAGCUGGUAACGGCAGUAACAGUAUUGGUAGUAGUAGCACAAGUUUUAGUACUAAUUCAAUCUGUAGCAGCAGUAGUAGUUGCAGUAACUUCUCAGACAGUGACGAUGAACGGCUCCAGAAUGGGUCUGGUUCAGAAUCUCAAUACCCUCAGCAAGACCAGCCUCACCUACAGCACCAGGAGUCAUCUUCAGUCUUUCAGACAGUCAGGCUGGACCUGGCACCAAACCGAUGCCCUGGAGACCCCCCACAGCCAGAAACAUCAACCCCCACUGACCCCGUCACAGACUACCGCGCCAAGGUGGAGUUUGCUCUCAAGCUUGGCUACUCUGAGGAGCUGGUGCUGCUGGUGCUGAGGAAACUGGGGGCAGACGCACUCAUCAAUGACAUGCUGGGCGAGCUGGUCAAACUGGGAACCAAGACAGAGAUGGAGCAACAAAGAGGUUUGACUGUCUCCCAGUCUCCCUCCUUCUCUUUGUCAUCUGCUUUGGUCUGCUCCUCUUCCUCUUCUUCCUUCUCCAACUCCUCCACGGACUCUUGUCGGCUGCUGUGUCCGUCCCAGCUGCUGGAGGACAAAGAAAACCUUCGGCCCGUUGUGGUGGAUGGGAGCAACGUAGCCAUGAGUCAUGGAAAUAAGGAAGUGUUCUCCUGUCAAGGCAUCCAGCUGGCCGUUGAUUGGUUCUUGGAGCGAGGCCACCGUGACAUUACGGUUUUUGUCCCUGCCUGGAGAAAAGAGCAAUCACGACCUGAUGCCCUCAUCACAGACCAAGAGAUCCUACGGCGACUAGAGAAAGAGAAGAUCCUGGUCUUCACCCCAUCUCGCCGCGUGCAGGGACGCCGUGUGGUUUGCUACGAUGACCGAUUCAUCGUCAAACUGGCCUACGAGUCAGACGGCAUCAUUGUUUCCAACGACAACUACCGUGACCUAGCCAAUGAGAAGCCAGAGUGGAAGAAAUUCAUUGAUGAGCGUCUACUGAUGUACUCCUUUGUAAACGACAAGUUCAUGCCACCAGAUGACCCACUGGGACGCCACGGACCUAGUCUGGAGAACUUCCUGAGGAAGAGGCCUAUUGUUCCUGAACACAGGAAGCAGCCAUGUCCUUAUGGGAAGAAGUGCACAUAUGGCCACAAGUGCAAGUUUUACCACCCUGAAAGGGGUAGCCAGCCCCAGCGUGCCGUGGCUGAUGAGCUCCGUGCCAGUGCCAAAAUGUCAUCAGUAGCUUCUAGAGGCCUACUGGAAGAUGCCCUGAUGGUGAAGAGCCAAAGUUCUGGUCAACCAAAAAGAACGACUGAGGCCGAGCCAAGUCGGGGCAUUCCAAAGAAACAGCCAAGCCCCAGCCUUCGGGGGUCCUUCACUGACCUCUUGGAGGACAAGCUUCGGAUCAAGUCCAAAGUGGAAGGACGUAGGGGAAGCAACAGCAGCAGCAGCAGCAGUAGCUGUAGCAGUAGCUUUCUAGGGUAUCCUGCUCCAGGCGGCGGGCCUUCAUCAGGAAACUUUGACCGAUGGGAGCACCCUGGGGGAAGUGGUGGAGGCAGCUUGAGGGUUGCUGGAGCAUCUGGACCAAGCCAGACUGAAACUUACCACAGAUGUGAGUCUCCAGAGCUGGGCUACAGCUCACUGGUAAAGGCCUACUCUAGCCUCAGUCUGGUAGUGCCACAGAGUCCUGAGUGCUUCUUCCCAGCUGACCUGCGAGCUGGAUCACGACUGUCCGACUGUAGCAGUGAAGGCAGUGCCAGCUCAGACUCUUUCUCCCCUGACCCUUUGUUAGACGAUGGUUCCAAGUGCCACCAUCACCACCACCAUCCUCACCACCAUCAUCACUGCUCUGGCCAGAAUGCCCACCCUGUAAGCCGUGUUCCUCCUGGACUGGGCCAACAUGCUCCUCAUAGCUAUCCUGUUCCUCAAGCACUACGGAGACAACAUGGUUUUGGCUUGGAAGACCCCCCAUCUUCUCUUACCUCUCAUGUAUCUCCACGUCCCUUCAAGUCCCCUUCACCCUACAUCCCACCCCACCUUCGGCAUCCAUUGCUGAGCAGUUUCCCAGGGGAAUUCCCAGCUCGUUCACCCCAAACAUCCACUGCUCACUCCCACUCUCAGAGCAAUUUGAUGGGCUCCCUUUGGCAGGAAGGUGGGCUCCAGGACCCCCAAGUGAGAAGAAACCACUCGGGGCUAAACCAACAACCACAACAUCAGAUAAACUGGGACCCUCAUUACCAGCAGCCCCCUAAGCCUUGCUAUGAUCCGUAUGGCUUCCAGAGCCUUCCAGAAGUCCACGAGAAGGCUUGGCACUCUCCUUGGGGCAGGCAAGCCCAUUCAUCACCCCGUGGCCUUUCAGCAUCCAGUCUUCCACCUCUCCCCCAGCUGUCCCUUCCAUCUAUCACUACCCACAAAAGCCACCUGUCCUCAGUGCCCCAGCAACAGGUACCCCCUGUCUCGGGUCAAUACCAGGACCUUAGAGAGAGGGUGUUUGUUAACUUGUGCCGCAUCUUCCCUCCAGACUUGGUGAGGAUGGUGAUGACCAGGAACCCUCAUGUGGUGGAUGCUCAGGAGCUUGCAGCUGCGAUUCUGAUGGAGAAAUCGCAGCACGGUUCUUGAAUUAAGCCAGAAGGUGGAGUUACAGCCUCAUCUCAACUAGGCUCACUUCUGCAGGUUUAUUUCUUCUUAUCAUCUUAAUUAUUAAAGUCAGGUUGGACAUACACAAACCAAAAGCACAAGCUAUGAAGCUCAUUUAGCUGUUCAUGGACUGCUUAAUUUUAUAACAGGGAACUUGUCUCAAUAUCUUUAAUGGUAUUUUUGUAAAGGGAAAUUGCCAUAUUUUUCAAUGAAUAUGCUUGCAAUUUGAGCACUUAAGAUCAGGGAAAGUUGGGGUUCAAUGUGCAUUUUGUGAGCUAUUUUGGGUUAUGAGUAAAUACCUAAAGGUAGUGUGCUAAGGGAGGCUUUUAAUGUGUUUUAAGGGUGACAGUGUUGUUUAUUUUAAAUUAAUUUAUUUGUUAUAUUUUAAGUUAUUUUGAUGAUUUUUUUAAAUAAUUCGGUUUUUGGCACUUUUUAUGUUAUUGCUGUGUUUCCUUGGCAAUCAUAUCAGGGUAUAAGUAUAUCUAAUAUUCCUAUUUACCAUCUGAGCGAAAUACUUCUGUUUUCCAGUCAUGAAGAUGAUGACAGCGUGGGUUAUGUAAAAUAAUAUAUUUAAUCGUGAAAUUUCAUUACACAUCGCAAAUAUAUUCCUACCUUAUUUAAUGUUGAAUCAGCUAAACAAACAGAUCAAGGGUUUCUCUCUAGACUGGCAGGUGGCCGAUCAGAUGCUGUGGUGAGAUUUUGUGGAUUUCCCCCACACGGAAGUGAAAGUCAAGCGGCACCGACAAAGAAGAUAGCAAAAACUCCACUUGAAAACCCCAAGCUGUUAUUCACUUUUGAAUACGUCUAUUUCCUCUGCUAGGAGCCCUGUCAGCUGACUUCACAGUUCAUCAGCUUUCAGUACUAUUUGUUUUUAAACAUCCCUCAGUUCUUUUCCAUCUUUAAACCAUAUCAAAAUUCUAAAUCAUAUGAAGGUGGCUGUGGAGAGCACCAGAAAUGUUUAGGGUUCAAAGAAUAUUGUUGGUAUUAUUAUUUUAAUUUAAAAUAUGUGUUAAUUUAUUACUUUUCAAUGUGUGUGAAUGUCUGUCUUGCAUGAGACACAGGGUCUCCGUUGUCAGUGGUGACAUGACGAGGAGGGUUUAGCCGCCUCAAACAGGGUAAAACUCUUUUGUACCCUUCUGUAAAAUAAAGCCACAGCUUUGCAGUAAAAGACAGGAACAGACUGGCAAGAGUUGGGAAAACCGUCCUCCCACAGACUAUGUUGCCAGUCACUUAAUAUCAUGGAGACACCUAUAGAUAGUAGUUUUUAGGUCUACAAACUUUUCUCAGAUGCGCUAAUAAUCUCAUUGGUUAAAUUAAAACUCAGUUGUUUAUUAAAGAAAGAAACUUUAAGAAAAAUACAAAACUAUAAGUGGUAAUAACUUGAAUUCAUUCAUUACAUCAAGGACAUGAACUAAUUACCUUAGUUAGACAGCAAUAAGCUAAUAUAGUUUCAACUUUGCAAGUCUAGAUUCAUUUUUAAUUUUAGAUUUAUCAGAGGACUGCAACUAACAAUUACUUCCAUUACUAAUUAUCUGUUAAAAUAAUUAAUUUGUAUGAAUCACUUCAUAAAUUAAAUCGAUUAAAUGUCCAAACGCGGUACAAAGUCCGACCAAAAGUAAGUAUUAUAAUUAAUUUGACGUAAUUUUAAACUAAGCAUCUUUCCUUUUUAUCUGCCUUCUCUUUCAAAGUAUUUUUAGGUUGUCAUCUCUUAAUGUUAAGCACUUUGAACUGUAUUUGUUGUAUGAAAUAGUAAUAUUCUUAUUUUUAUUAUUAUCUCCACCAAUGGGAUUAUUUUAAUGUCUGAGGAAGUGUUUGUAAAGCUAAACUAACUCUUGCCUGGUUAGCACAAUAUGUAGUAGCCAGAUGACACCUCUCUUUAUUGAUACAAAUUGUAUCCUAUACACUUUUUUAAACAAGAUCAAUGUUAUAUAUAAGAAUAUUUAAACAAAAAAUAUUUCGAGUUGAAUAUUUUGAGUAUUUGUGGCAGAUUUUGUCACCUAUGGACAUAGCCUUUAUUUAUGUGAGGGGAUAUUUUAUUCCCUUUUUCCAAGUGCAGGAAAGAGAAAGUCUCUUAUGCACUUUUUUGGAGACCGUUAUUGUUUAUAUUGUCAGUGAACUGAAAGCAUGGUACUGUGUAGCCCAAAAAACUUGGGUUAGAGGUUGAGUCGGCUUAACCAUGGUGAAAAGCAGAUCAUUUCCGUGGUUAAAGGUGUUAAAAAUAAAGUUGUGGUUAAAUGUGAUGUGGUCUCAUUACUCAUGAGACAUAUUGAAGCUUGUCAGCAUUACAUUCCACCUCAGAACAGUAUUUUUGGAACACUUCUGGCGCAAAAAUAGACUGUACGUGUGAAUGCUGUUAAAAGAGAGGAGGUUUUGAUGAGCUUGCUUCUCAAAUUUGUGCCACAGGCUCCAGACCUUCGUGACGCUUUUCCCAGAAAGCUAAAACCACAUUUUCUUCUUCUCGAAGCUCUCUUACUUGAAAAGCUCUCUUCUCAAGGGCUGUACUGUAAUCUGAAAGGUGUCGAUCUCAGGAACAAGUCCUCUGUAAUUCCUGUCUGUCAGUUGAUUUCUUUUUCUCUGAUGUUCUCAUGGCCUUGUGCUAUGAUGUAACGGAUGUAACGGCUGAGUGAGUCAGUCAUAGCUGAAGUGCUCUCACCCUUCUGGUCUGGCUGGCACCGUGUGCCCGUGUUCGCCACAGGGUUGAGAAACUCUACAAUUCAAUUAAACAAACCUCUAAAGGUGCUGUGUUAACAUUCCUGUGGAUAUUAAAAAAACAUAUUUAGUGUAUGAGGGCAAAGACUAUUUUUCUAUUAUCAUGAACUUGUUUAGAGCUCUUUUUCUAUUGUACAUGUUUAUCUGCAAGAAGAGAUUGUAGUCAGUGUUGCUGAAUAAGGGGAGGUACACUUUGCUAACUGUGCUAAUGUGUUUGAUUUUCUCCACAAAUGUUACUUCACAGUGUUCAGACUGAAUUCUGAUCAUACAAAUUUACACCUCGCUUUAUUCAUGUGAAUUUGGACGUUUUUGUGGUCCAUGUUUUUCACCGCAAACAGCCAAUAUUAGCUUUAGCUGUUUAUUAGCUAGCAAAACCAGACUUUGACUGACCUCAAAACUUAACAUUCCUGUUCUUUAUUAUGUUUCUCAAGCUUUUCUCCUUUUUGUGUCAUAUCUGUACGUUGUAAGUGGAGGUCUUCUGCUUUGGAAAAUUGCAUUCUUUUGUCCAAGUUACAUGAUUUUUUGUGAUGCUGUCUGCGUAUCGACCCCCGCAAGUGUAGCAAUAAGCUUGCUCGCUAGCGAGCAUUGUGUAUAAUGAGCCUUUUUCACAGUCACACGUGUUACUAGCAAUGUUAGCAAUGGCUUUGUUGUACUGUAGUAAGUUGUUUAAAAUUGCAUACUAAAUACUCAAUCUGUAUGUACUGCAUACUGCGUACUGAAUUAAUGAUUAAGUAUGCUGUUCACACUGGUGUAAACUCAAGCAAUAUGUCUUCUCUGCAUCACGACUGUUUUGAUCAUGAUGUUACGGGACCCGCCGAAACAUUGAGUGAAAAUUGUUUAUUACAAAUAUGAAUUAACAUUACCUCUUCUACUCAAUUUAAUAUUUUCCAGUAUUAUUUUAAUGCAAAUUUAAAUGAUUAAACAUUUAAGUGUUAAAUAUGUUUUCCACCGUACAUUAUAUAUGUGAGCUCCUGUGCUUUUCCUCUUAACUGUACCUUAACAUCUUAACUUCCCAUCAUUCAUUACUAUUAUAUCCAACGGUUCAUUCUUUAAACCAUUUGCCUCACAGUCAGCCAUUGUCUGAUGAACCGCAAUGCAUUUUGGAGCUGUUGAGUAUGUCCAGUAAGCUCACGUCUCGUACUCUAUUACUUUUGCUAAUCUAGAAAACAUCUGGGAUUUUCUAAUGUACAUGAAAUCCAAAUAUUAUGCAGUUGGAAUGCACCACAUACUCAAUAUUACAUCAUACUUAGUAUGAAUAGUAUGUGAAUAAUAUGCGGUUUUGAACACAGCCUCAGUGAGCCAUGACAGUAUAAUAGUGAGCCAUCAUACACAACACCAGCCCCCUGAAACCGAAGCAGCUAAAUGGAAUUCAGCCGUCAUUUAUUUUAUCAUUUACCUGCACCUGUUUGUCCAAGUGUCAAAAUGUCUUCAGUAAAAAAGACCUAUAUGCACCCUAUGACUUGCAACAAUUAACUGCAACAAAUUAUGACAUCAGCCAAGCAGAAGUUCAUGUUUGUUUGUACUUGUACCUCUACACAGCAAGGUUGUAUGAAAAUGCAACAAUGAUUUUCUUUCUUGCUCACCAGUAGGCAUACAUCACUUUUUCUUAAUUUUUCCCCCUCGCAAAUCACUACAGAGCUGUUGGGGCAAAUUUCACCUUAAUUUGCUAUUGAUGUAAAAACACAUCACCUUUCGGUAAAGGUCAAUCCCAUGCUGCCAGCUAUUCCACAAUGCCUUGACAAGCUUAAAGUCUCAUAGAACCUGAAUAGGGUCCACAGUGAACUUGCUUCGGUUCACAUCCUCUUGCAUUUUGUCAUGCGAUCAACCUGCCUAAAAUUUGCUUCACGUUCAGUCUGAACACACCUUUAAGAAUUUAUGGGUAGGUUUUUUCUACAAUGUUUUGUUAUUUUUUGCUCUUUUGACUAAAAUGGCCUCAAAUCCAGCAGUUGUAUCCAAUAGGAAAGAAAUGUAAAAUAUCAACAAUGUCCAUAUUUAUCAGUUUAUUCCUACCCAUAUUUCUAAUGUGCUUUAAUACAGAUUCAUUUCGGCUACAGAAACAAUUAAAGUGCCACCUUUUCAGAGACCAAAGCCAAGUAAAAGGCCAAGUUUUUUUUCUUUUCAAUGUUUUCCCCUUUUGCUCAGGUCAAUGGUGGUUAUAUUAAACCAAAAUUAAAAGAUGUUAAAGUGUUUAACCAUUGCUGCUGUUUCACUGUGUGUCCUGCUGGCAGAUGAAGAGUUUAAUUCCAAAAGACGGUCCAAAGCGGUCAUGUACAACUGUGCUAUUCGUGAAAUAUUGAUUUAGCGCAGUCAAAUAGUGUUUCAAAAGUACCUACCUUUUAGUGUGCAAUACUAAGGCACUGCUUUAAACUGAUGAAUUUGAAUGAGUUAUAUGUACAGGAUGUGCCCAGCCCAAACAUAAUACCUAUUUAAGCAAAAAGAAAAAAAAAAAACUUAAGAUUCAAAUGAAAUUGGCUGAAAUGCUUUUGUACAAACAAGUUUUACUUUCAUGUCAUUCAUGCUUUUUGUUAAUGUUGUUCCUUUUUAUUAAAACAUGUCUUUUGGAGUGGGUCUCUUCAGACGUUUGUGCUACAGGGCCGUGGGACUCAACUGAGCUUUAGGAAAUGAAACCCAAAACAAAAGCACAAAAAACUAGCCUGUCAUACCUACAGAAUCUGGGAAACUGUGGCCAAGUGAGACAUGUUGACUGUUUAUGUGUAAUGUAAAAAUGAGCAAUAAAAGCCCUACUCAAGCUUU